UGAAGAGACCAAACUAAAUAUGUCUCUCUCUCUCCUCAUUGAUAGACCCCUUUCAUAUUUAUUCAUCUUUCAUGUUUAUUCUCUUCCAAAUCAAAAUAUCAAACCACCGCCGGUUCAUGAAAUUUUGCUGUAGAAGUAGAACCCACAAGCGGGGUAACCCUCUUUCUCUGAAUUCCACACUCCACAGGGACCAAAUCCAUCUACUCGAUCUCAUCCCACAACCCCAUUUUCUUUCUCCAAUUCCAUGACUAGAGAAAACCCAGUUCUGGUAUUUCUCCUCGCACUCAUCGGUGUCCUUUCGCUACUCGUCGCAGCACGCGCCGAGUCCUGCAACCGAUCAUGCGGCUCCAAGACCCUCCCGCACCCCUUCGGCUUCUCUUCCGCCUGCGGGAUCCGCCUUAACUGCACAAACAGCACCGUCUUCAUCAGCGAGUUCCCCGUCCAAUUCGUACACCCAGACACCGUAACGCUCACCAUCACCGCCAAGUGCAACCGUUCCGUUCAAACGCUCCGCAACCUCUUCACCGACAACUACGCGCCCACGUCCCGGAACGCUAUUCUCUUGCAGAAUUGCUCCGAGUUCAUGCCGCCCUGCACGUUGCCGGCCAAUAUCGUCGUCCAGACCCACUUCGAGUCGAAUGAUUGCGAAGAGAAUAACACCAACACCAAUAACAUAAGUUGCUACACGGAGGAGAAAAAGCGUGCUUUCAUGGACUAUAACAAGGUGACUAAGAGGAACUGCCGGCACUUUGUUUCGUCGAUUUCGGCCGAAUCGUUCAACGACUCGGCCUUGUCGCUGGAGGUUCAGGUGGUUGAGCUGGGGUGGUGGCUUGCCGGAGGGUGUGAUCAGUGUUCUGACAGUGGCAAUUGUACCCAACUUGUGUCCCCGACCACUGGACGGCAAAGUUUUCGGUGCCGGUGCGGUGAUGGAUAUGAAGGCGAUGGAUAUCGGGCCGGCACGGGUUGCCGAAAAGUUUCUUCGGUGUGCAACGCGGAAAGGUACAUGUCUGGCAAAUGUGGAGGAACGACUAGAGUGGCUACUUUAAUUGGAGGCGUUGUAACGGGAGCUGUUAUAAUGAUCGCCGUGGGUCUAGUGUGCUGUUGCAUACGGCGACGCUCCAAAUCGAAAGCCAGACACAGUGCAAAACGGCGUCUAACUGAAGCUACUGGCAACUGCAGCAUUCCAAUCUACGGCUACAAAGAAAUCGAGAAAGCCACAAAUAGCUUCUCUGAUAAACAAAGGCUGGGAACUGGAGCUUAUGGAACUGUUUAUGCAGGAAAACUCCACGGUAGUGAAGAUUGGGUUGCCAUCAAAAGGAUCAAACAUAGAGAUACUGAGAGCAUUGAGCAAGUGAUGAAUGAGAUCAAGCUCCUUUCAUCCGUCAGCCAUCCGAAUCUCGUCCGCCUCUUGGGUUGCUCCAUCGAAUAUGGUGAGCAAAUUCUGGUGUAUGAGUUCAUGCCCAAUGGAACUUUAUGUCAGCAUUUACAGAGAGAGAGAGGAGAUGGACUUCCCUGGCAAGUUCGCCUCACCAUUGCUUCUGAAACUGCUCAGGCCAUAGCCCAUCUCCACUCUGCUAUCAACCCCCCAAUAUACCACAGAGACAUCAAAUCAAGCAACAUUCUCUUGGAUUAUGACUUCAAAUCCAAAGUUGCAGAUUUUGGUCUUUCUAGGCUUGGGAUGACUGAAAUAUCCCACAUUUCAACUGCUCCCCAAGGGACUCCAGGCUACCUUGAUCCUCAGUACCACCAGUGUUUUCAUCUGUCUGAUAAAAGUGAUGUUUAUAGCUUUGGUGUGGUUCUUGUUGAGAUCAUUACAGCAUUGAAAGUGGUGGACUUUUGUCGGCCUCAAGAUGAGGUGAACUUGGCUGCUCUUGCCAUUGAGCGGAUAGGGAAGGGGCGCCUAGAUGAGAUUAUAGACCCUUUCCUUGAGCCGCAUAGCGAUGCUUGGACUCUUUCUGCAGUGCAUAAGGUGGCCGAGAUGGCAUUCAGAUGCCUUGCAUUUCACAGGGACAUGAGGCCUUCAAUGAUGGAAGUGGCUGCAGAAUUAGAAAGAAUCAGGACUAGUAGAUGGGAACUUUCAGAAGAAAAAUAUAGUACAGCUUCAUCAGAUGUAUCUUCUUGCUCUUCUUCAUCCAAUCUAAGCGAAAAGCCUCUAAGCAUGACGGUUAAGAAGGCCGGAUUGGAGAGCAGAGGGCUGCUUGUGCUGCCAGCCCCAGCCGGCAGCUUUAACUCAAUGGAGAUGGUGAGGAAUAAUUCACCAGUUUCAGUGCAGGACCCAUGGUUAAGUGAACAGAGUUCACCUUCAUCAAGCAGUUUGCUAAAUAAUGUAAUUCAGUGAUCUAAAACUACUAUUGAUUUUCUUCGAGUGUUUAGAUUAAUCUUAAGCCUGUUAAUACCACCAAUAUAUAGUUUUCUAGUAUUACAGUUUUGUCGGUUCCCAAAUGGUUCAUUAUACACUUACAGAAGUAUAUAUAUGCUUGUGGACAGUGCUUAAAGAGUUACAAGUGCUGUUCUUGUUUUUCA